AUGGGGAGAGAGGGGCCCACGCAGAGCUUGGAUGGUACCUGGGAGGACUGCAUCUCCCCGGGGUUUCCUCCUCCGCGCUGUGGCGUGUGGUCAUCGGGGACCGACCUCGGCAGGCCCACCCCUCACUGCGCGGGAACCAGGGCAGAGCGCGGGAGGGCCCUGCCCCUCAGCACAGAGGCCGCGCCACCAGCAUGCCCCACGCCUCUCCUGUGUGCUCCUCAGCAGCUGGCGGACAGCUGUGGCCCUGAAGGGCCUGUCCUCUGGGUAGCCCGAGCAGCCCGGGCUCAGUACCUGGCAGGAGCAGGGAGGAGCGAGGAGCGAGCAAGUCCCCGCACCCGGCAUCUCCGACUGUCCUGGACCCCGUCAGGGCAGAGGAAGCCAGCUCUCUGCAGACCUAGUGAGGCCCCACGGCUGCGGCGAAAGGAAUCCCAGGCGGAAACUCGACAGUUAGAACGGAGUGCUGUGAUUGGCUCCUUCUUUAACCUAUUCACAGGACAGGAAACAAAGGCCUGGAGUGACCAGGAGAUCCGCUGCUUUUUGCAAGAAUGGGAAUUCCUUGAGUGCGGGGUGUACCUCAGCGCAAGGAGGAAGGCUCACGUGGUCGCGAAGGCAGUCGCCCGGCUCCUGGCACGGAAGGGCGUGAGGAAGAGCUGGCAGCAGUGCCUCGGGAUGCUGACGAGUCUGCAGGAUUUAUACUGGGCUGUGCGCGAGGCCAACGAGAGGCCGAGGGAGGAGCCCCUGCCUUGUCCUUACGGGGACGCCCUGCACAGGAUCCUUGGAGCCCGGUGGGAAGGCGGGCCUCCCGCAGAUGCAGCUGGCCUCCCACCUCUCCCCGAGGGCCUGCCCGAGGCCGGGGCUGUCCCCAGUGCCUUAGAGGGGAUGGGGUGGGCCCCCCAGCCCACAGACCAGCCCUGGGCCGUCCCCUUUGAGAUGCCGUGGGGCCCCCAGCCCUGGGCCGUGCCUGUGGAGGAGAUGCCGUGGGGCCCCCAGCCCUGGGCCGUGCCUGUGGAGGAGAUGCCGUGGGGCCCCCAGCCCUGGGCUGUCCCGGUUGAGAUGCCGUGGGGCCCCCAGCCCUGGGCCGUCCCCGUGGAGGUGCAGGAGACACCGGGUGCCCCCCAGCCCAUGCUGUGCGCAGGGGGCCCUCAGGCAGCCGACUGGAAUCCCUGGAGCAUCGACUUCCCGUGGCUAAGGCCGUGCCUGCUUCCUGCCUUUCUCCCAGGAGUCCCCCACCCUCUGGAUUGGUCAACCUCCGCCGACUGCGGUCCUGAAUUGGGAGACAGUUAGAGCCUGGAUCCCCGUUAGGCCUGAGGUCGUGGAAUAGGGUAGUUCUGUACAAAGACCCCUUCCCUCCGCAGCCCGAUGUGAUGAGUCGGAAAUGGGAAUAAACGGCA